AUGCGCUCGUUCGUCGGACUUGCCUCCGUGGUCGUCGCUGCUACUGUCUACCUUUAUUUAGUAUCUCUGUACUUGCCUCCCGGACCGCCGAAACACAUUCAGACCGCUACCGAGACCCAACAUGCCGCCUCAGUCGAGGGGGUCGAAAUGUCCGCUGAGAACAGCGAGGACACUCGCAGCAGGUUGAAGUUUCCAUCCAACUUGGAGGAUUUGCGAGAGCUAUCCGAGCUUCUUCAAUUCUACAAGACUGAGCAUACAGCCUACGUGCUGUUGCUGUUCUGCAGUGCUUACCUUUACAAGCAGUCCUUCGCCAUCCCUGGAUCCUCCUUCCUGAACAUCUUAGCGGGUGCCAUAUUUGGGCUCAGCCAAGGACUGCUGCUGGCUUGUGUGCUUACUACAGUGGGCUCCACCAUGUGCUACCUUCUGUCUCAGGCCUUUGGUAAACGCCACAUCGUCAACCUCUUCCCUGAAAAGGUGGCCAUGCUCCAGAGCAAGGUGGAGGACAACAAGGACUGCCUGUUCUUCUUCCUUCUUUUCUUGAGGUUCUUCCCCAUGACGCCCAACUGGUUCCUUAACAUGUCCGCGCCAGUUGUUAACAUCCCUGUUUCCUUCUUCUUCUGCUCAGUCUUUAUUGGUCUGCUGCCCUACAACUUCAUCUGCGUCCAGACGGGCGUCAUGCUGGCAGAGGUGUCGUCCCUGGACCAUCUGUUCUCGUGGCAGCGACUCGCCCAGCUUCUGGCCAUCGCGUGCACAGCUCUAUUGCCCGGCAUGCUAGUGCGCUGCUACAGCCAGCGGUGUCUCAAAGGGACCGAGACGCACGAGCACAAUGGAUUCACCGCAAAUAAGAAGCAAAGCACCCUGGGAGUGCCCAAUUCACCGGCUAAAAUCGCGAGAAAGGAGGCAGGAGCAGCCUCAGGCGAGAAGGGUCUGUCUGCGGUCUGCAAGACUGGGGCCUUGUUGGCAGUGGUCUACAGGGUCUUCAUCCUUCUAGACUGCAUCCUGCUGGACGCGGGUGACUGA